AACUCUUUCAGACUUCCUUGAAAUGGCUAGGGUUCAUCCUCAAUCACUGCUUUCUUCUGCUCACUGCUACUUCACUUCCAAACAAGAAGUUUUUACUCUAUGGAUGAAGUCUCUAGUACUGCACGGAAAAGGAUGCACUGUGUUUGAUUCAAACGGGGGAAUCGUGUAUCGUGUUGAUAACUAUGACCGCAAAUGCAGCAAUGAAGUUUACCUUAUGGAUUUCAGAGGCAAAGUUCUCUACACCAUACUGAGAAAGAGAUUUAAAUUUUUCUGUUGCUGGGAGGGCUACUGUGCUGCUAAAGAGAUUAAGCAAGGUAAGCCAGGGUUCCGGGUUAGAUCGAAAACAUUUGGAAUUCUAAGAGGAGGUUCUCCAUUUAAGGCGGUUGUGGGGUUGGAUAAAAAUCAACCAUGUCAGAUUAAGAUAGAGAAGAGGACUAGUAGCAAUUCAACAUGCAAGAUAGUAGAUGAAUUGGGGUUGCUUGUUGCAGAGGUAAAGAGAAAAACAUCGAAGUGUGGAGUUGUGUUGGGAGAUGAUGUUUUGACAAUGGUGGUGGAGCCUUAUAUUGAUCACUCUCUCGUCAUGGGACUUCUUGUUGUAUAUGGUCUUAUCAACCACAAAAUUUUGAGAGGAAAAAAGGAGGAGAGAGAGAGAGAGAGAUUAUUGAUGUGGUGGAGAUCGGCUUCUUUCAUUCUCGACAAGGGUCAAAACGACGAAGUGCAGGACGAGAGCGAGAGCCUCCGCCUCUCCCCAUCUAACACCUCCAUGGCCGACACUCUCCAAAACCCUAACCCUAAGAUUUCAGCCUACUACCAGACCAGAGCGGAUCACCACGGCGUCGUCACCAGCGACUGGCUCUCCCAAGCUCAGGCCGCCGUUGGCCGCCACCCCGACGACCUCCCGCCCCCCAAGGUCGAAGAUUCCGGCAAGCCUUUUAGCGUCAUCGAUGAGUUCAAUAGCUGGCGGAAGCAGCCCGAUUUGGCCGAGGCGGUGGCCGCGAUUCGCGCUUUGGCGUCGGUGAUUCGGUUCAGCCAGGCUACCACCAUGAUGGAACUGGAGAUUGAGCUCAAGAAGGCUUCCGAUUCUCUUAAAUCAUGGGAUACAACCUCCAUCUCUUUGACGGCUGGCUGCGAUCUGUUCAUGCGAUAUGUGACAAGAACUUCCGCUUUAGAAUAUGAGAACUUUAAUUCAGCUAAAUCUCGUUUGAUUGAGCGUGCAGAAAGGUUUGGAGAGAUAUCUUAUAAGGCGCGCAGAAUCAUUGCAAUGCUUGGUCAAGAUUUUAUAUUUGAUGGUUGUACCAUUUUGGUGCAUGGUUUCUCUAGAGUUGUCUUGGAAGUUCUGAAGACAGCAGCACAGAAUAAGAAACUCUUUCGAGUUUUCUGCACAGAGGGAAGGCCGGACAGGACAGGACUACGACUAUCCAAUGAAAUGGCAAAGCUUGAUGUUCCGGUGAAGCUCUUAAUAGACUCAGCAGUGGCAUAUACUAUGGAUGAGGUUGACAUGGUAUUUGUUGGGGCUGAUGGAGUAGUUGAAAGUGGAGGUAUAAUUAACAUGAUGGGGACAUACCAAAUCGCAUUGGUGGCUCACAGCAUGAACAAACCAGUUUAUGUUGCUGCUGAAAGCUACAAGUUUGCUCGUCUCUAUCCAUUGGACCAGAAAGACAUGGCCCCCGCCCUACGCCCCAUUGAUUUUGGGGUUCCCAUCCCUUCAAAGGUUGAGGUUGAAACAUCUGCGCGGGAUUAUACACCUCCUCAGUAUCUCACAUUACUCUUUACAGAUCUGGGUGUUCUCACCCCAUCUGUGGUUAGUGAUGAACUCAUUCAGCUAUACUUAUAGUCACUUGUGGAUCUAAUUCUGUUUGAUUUUGUUAAAUAGGAUCUGGUCGCCCCCACCUGAUGGUUUUCUGAUAGAAGACGUAUGGAAGGGCAACACUGUAUUCAAUGCACAAAAGUGCAAAUUGGGUUGAAGUUAACUUUAGUAUAACUAGUUCGAUAAAUUUUUGUUCAUUGCUUUUCAGUAAUGAAAAAUGUGGUUCGCUUCUACCCGUUUGUUGCUGUCUUUAGAGCCAAUGGACUGCUUUGGGAGUCAAGGCAGUAGAUUGAUUCUCGAAUUCACCCACUUGCAUUGCAGUUUGAUUCCAAUGCAAUUUGGCUAUGACCUCCCUGUCUUGAUGUGCUUCUCUUGAUGAUUAAUGGUUAUAAAGGGUUGGCAGUUGGCAUCAAAUCCCUUUCAAUCAAUUUCUCUUUACUGAUAUAUCAAAUUCCCAGGUGGUUGACCAUAAAAGUGGAAGCCUUCCCCUCCCCGAGUAUAUAUGUAUUUUUUU